GAAAUCGACGAGGCGUGCAAAAGAAUUAAACGUGAAAUUGAUGAUUUAGGCCCUGAAGUUGGUGACAUCAAAAUUAUCCCUUUGUAUUCAACUCUUCCACCACAACAGCAACAAAGAAUAUUUGAACCUCCUCCACCCAAGAAACCAAAUGGUGCGAUAGGAAGAAAAGUUGUCGUAUCAACUAAUAUUGCUGAGACCUCGUUAACCAUUGAUGGUGUUGUAUUUGUGAUUGAUCCUGGCUUUGCUAAACAAAAGGUGUAUAAUCCUCGUAUUCGAGUAGAAUCCCUUUUAGUGACGGCUAUCAGUAAAGCUUCUGCACAGCAAAGGGCCGGUCGUGCUGGUCGUACAAGACCAGGCAAAUGCUUUAGGCUUUACACCGAAAAGGCGUAUAAAACAGAAAUGCAGGACAACACCUAUCCUGAAAUUCUUAGGUCCAAUUUGGGUUCAGUUGUGUUACAGCUAAAGAAACUUGGUAUUGAUGACUUGGUUCAUUUUGACUUCAUGGAUCCGCCAGCCCCUGAGACUUUGAUGAGAGCCCUGGAACUUUUGAAUUAUCUUGCUGCCUUAAAUGAUGAUGGUGAUUUGACUGAACUGGGAUGUAUGAUGGCAGAAUUUCCACUGGACCCCCAGUUGGCCAAGAUGGUUAUAGCAAGUUGUGACUACAACUGCUCUAAUGAGAUUCUGUCAAUAACUGCCAUGUUGUCAGUCCCACAGUGUUUUAUUCGACCCACGGAAGUCAAGAAAGCUGCAGAUGAAUCCAAGAUGAGGUUUGCCCAUAUAGAUGGUGAUCAUCUGACGCUGCUCAACGUGUACCAUGCUUUCAAACAAAAUCAUGAGUCGUCUCAGUGGUGUUAUGACAACUUCAUUAACUACCGGUCCCUGAUGUCUGCAGACAAUGUACGGCAGCAGCUGUCACGAAUCAUGGACAGGUUUAACUUGCCUCGUAGAAGCACAGACUUCACAAGCAGGGAUUAUUACAUUAAUAUUAGAAAAGCUUUGGUUACCGGGUAUUUCAUGCAGGUGGCGCAUUUGGAACGAACUGGUCAUUAUCUGACAGUCAAAGACAACCAGGUAGUACAGUUACAUCCCUCUACUGUUCUUGAUCACAAACCUGAAUGGGUGCUGUAUAAUGAAUUUGUUCUGACAACAAAGAACUACAUCCGCACGUGCACAGAUAUAAAACCUGAAUGGUUGAUUAAAAUUGCUGCUCAAUAUUAUGACAUGGGCAACUUCCCUCAGUGUGAAGCAAAAAGACAGUUGGAGCGCAUUAUUGCCAAAUUUCAGACAAAGGAGUACUCUCAGUACUGAGUUUUUUUUUUCAAGUUUGAGCUUGAGUGAGCUAUUUGAGAAGAUAAAAGAACUGAUAUCUUUUGUACCUUAUGUGAUGGUCCAGUGACGGCCCUGAUUGGAAAAGCUUUUUAAUUUCUUUCAUUACAGUAAAUAUUACAUUCUUAUUUCAUAAAUGAAACAUUUAUGGCUCCCUUUUGUGUUGACACUAGAGUGUACUGGAAAUGUCGAUCAAUGUUUUGCAGUUUGUUGGAAGUAGUUCUAUAUAACAAUGUUAUAUGCAUUUCUUUUGAAAUGCCUGAAAUGCUUCAAAAAUGUGAUUGCAGACCAUGUUAUGCAUGAUUAUUGUAACUUGACAUUCCUUUUAGAAGUUGUGAAAUGUUACAACUUGUGCAUCUGUAACCCUAUACUGAGGCAUUGGCUUCAAUAAAGUCUAUUUAUACUA